UGUUAAUACGGACCUGGAUUUUUCUUGUGGUUAGUAUGUCGGUCGUUUGGGUUUUAUAUUAGAGAUAUGUGUACCAAAUAUUAAAAAAAUAUACAGGGUGGUUCUAAAAUUAUGGCUUAGGAAAGAAAUGAGCAAAAUCGAUAAAACACCCUGUAACUCGGAUAUAAAAGUCGGUAGGGCAAAAAAUUUAGUAUACCUAGAACCGCCUUGGUGGCCUCUAUUCAUCAUUAAAGUAUUUCCGUUUCCCAAUGAAACACCCUGUAUAAAGCUUUUUAAUGACUACUUAAAUGCGCUAUCAGCUGAAUCGUUUAAACUACUUCAGGAAAAUACCAAUAUUAGAAGUAAUUAUAAAAAAUUGACAGAAUGUAUUUUGGCUAAGACGGUGAUUUUUAACCGUAAAAGAGUAGGGGACGUGCAGUAUUUAACAGUAGAAACCUACGGGAGGAACUACGAUACACUUAAUCAAGAAAGUUUUACAGAGGCACUCACUGAAGUUGAAAAGAUUAUAUAUAAAAAUCAUAGGCGUUUUGUAACUGGAGAUAAAGGCUCAAAACCUGUUCCAAUUUUAUUUUCAUUCCAGACGCAAAAAUACAUUAGCCUUUUACUAAAAGUCAGACAAGAAACCAAUGUUGUACCAGAAACCAAUCCAUAUCUUUUUGCAAAUCCUGAUUCCGAAGAUCGCUGGAUGUCUGGCGCAAACACAAUUAGAAAGAUAGCUAUUAAUUGUGGAGCCAAACAUCCAGAACUAUUGACAUCAACUAGAUUUAGGAAACAAAUUGCCACGACUCUGCAAUUAUUAGCCCUCGAUGAUGACGAAAUGGAACAAAUCGCCACUUUUAUGGGACAUACAAAGAAGACACAUACCGAGUUUAACAGACUACCGCAAGAUAUCUACCAGACUGCUAAAGUAGCCAAGAUUCUUUUACUUAUGGAAAAAGGCAAGGGAAAUCGGUACCGAGGAAAAAAAUGAAGUGAAAUCAAUAUAGAUGAUAACGAAUACUAUAGCUCUGAAUACGAAGGCGAUGAAGAACCGAUUAUGCAGAAGGUGCUAAAGCGGGUUACAAGGGGAAAAAACCUGAAGACGAAUUAGAUACUGGAGAUUCUGACAGAUAUGUGCAUCAGUCAACGGAACGUGAUCAACAUAAUGAAAACACAUUAUAUAGAAAUUAUUUUAAAAAGGCGACUAGGCCGUUUCACGAAUCUAACGAAGAAAAUAGUGAAGAACCACCAACAAAAAAAACUAAAGAAUCAACCACGAAAUCCAUCCAGAGAUUCAGAGCCAAAUGGUCAGAUAAUGAAAAACAAGUUUUACUUCAGUACUUUGAAAAACAUAUUGAAAAAAAAAUUACCCCUCGAAAACAUGAAUGUGACGAACUACUGAAACUACAUCCACACGUGUUCGAAAAUAAGGACUGGGUCCGAAUAAAAACAUAUGUGUAUAAUACAUUCCGUGAAAGGAAGUGAUUGCUUAUUUUUAUUUUUACUGAACCACAUACUCGUAAUAGAUUAUUUUUAGUUCCAAUAAAUUACUUUUAAAUAA